AUUUGACAAUUGGAAAAGAAGCCACCGAAUAUACGGAUUUAACGAGAAAAAAAACGCAGAACAGUAAAAAUUGUGGAGGUACUUUAGCAAUCACUUUAAGCAUCAAAGAAGAGUGAGUAAGAAUGCUGAAGAAAAACCAAAAAAGAGGAAUUCAAAGGCCUCGGGGAGGCGUGACAGAGAAGAGAGAUAAUCCUUAUCAAAUCACACCGGAGAUACAUAAAUAUGCUAUGAGCGGGUGUGUGGGUGCACACGCGCAUGCACGAACACGUACCCACAAUCAGCGAAAGGCAGUGAAUGACGGAGAGAGGAGCGAAGAACACGAGAAAGAAAGAGUAAGAUAGAAAGUUAAAACGAACAGUUUGGCGAAUAGUAAGAGAGCGAACGAGUUGUCAAAACGUACUCGUGUCAAGAAGUAGUGUCAAGCUUUGACGACUGAUUCUUUAAAAUAUACGUUUAUCCGCUGGUAGGAAACGUGGACAAUGGAUUUAUUAACGGAACCAUAUGAAAGUGUGCUUCUAGUAAAAUCAGAAGUAAUGGUGUAUAACAUACCACCAAGGUCGACCAACAGGGGUUAUCGAGCUGCAGACUGGAAUGUUGGAGAUCCUACAUGGGUUGGACGCUUGAGAUUGGUGACACAAGGCGAUGCUGUUUCUAUAAAAUUGGAAGAUAAGAUGACAGGUCAGCUGUAUGCAAAAUGUCCAAUAGAAACAUAUCCUGGUAUUGCUGUAGAGCCAGUGGUGGACUCCUCUCGUUACUUUGUAUUAAGAAUUAAAUCUGACAAUGGUGAUGUAGCUUUCAUUGGCAUUGGUUUUAUGGAUAGGUCUGACAGUUUUGAUCUCAAUGUUGCCCUUCAGGAUCAGUUUAAGUGGUUAAAAACUAGAGAUCGAAUUGAGAAAGAGAAAGAGAUGCCACAACCAGAAUUGGAUCUUAGGUUUAAAGAAGGGGAAACCAUUAAAAUCAACAUGAAGAUAACAAAAAAGGAUGGUAGUGAAGUUUCAUCUAAAUCAAAACAACGAUCAAGUACGGGUAUUGGGCUUCCGCCUCCGCCCGGUGGUGUUAAAAUUGCUCCACCACCUGCAAAAGUAUCCACUAUGUCUCCAGCACAUAAGCCUGCACAGAAAUCACAAAAUCAUUCGGGAACAGGACCUGAAUGGGGUGAAUUUGCAAGCGCUUCACAACAACAACAAAAUGCAGCUGCAUCAACCGCAGCACCUGCAUCUUCAACAAAUUCAAGUUGGGUGCAAUUUUAAUAACUAUUAAUGUCUGAUGGAAUUGUGCUUAGCUGCAGUAUAGAUUUUUCUUUUAUCUAUGUACAUUUUAU